CAGCUGAUCAGGAGCCCGGACCUGUAGGAUUCCCUGGUAGCGCCCGGGCGUCCCGUCUGAGCUGAGCGUCGGUCUGCAAACGGGGACCAAAGGCCAUCCUUCAUCCUUCAACAGGACGAGAGCUGCAGCUCAUCUUUUAUCUUCCAGUCAAGUCGCCGCCUCCGUCCAUCGGAGCAUCUUCGCCUCGGUACCAGUUAUGUCACAUCCAGUGGGCGGUUUAUCGGAAGGCACAGUGUACGGGUCCCGGAUCGGGAUGACAGAGGACUCCCUCGACCUCCUGGAGCGAAACCGAGGCUCUGCAGAACCCUGGGACCUCGGGGACACCAAACCAGGCGUGCCGGGCCUCUACCUGUCCUGCUUCGACAUGCUCCUCACCGAAGACUCCACCUGGCUGGUGAAAGUAUCAGAGGCCUCCCCGGCGCUGGCUGCACCCAUGACUCGCUUGGAGCCCGAGGAUGAACCAGAGCAGUGCCCCGUCAUUGAUAGCCAGGAACAGGGACUCUCUCCUGGGCUGGAGGGUCAAGAGGAGGAGCGGUCUCUGGAGCAGGUGCAGAGCAUGGUGGUGGGAGAAGUGCUGAAGGACAUUGAAACUGCCUGCAAACUGCUCAAUAUCACCGCAGACCCUAUAGAGUGGAACACGGGGAACGUCCAGAAGUGGCUGCUGUGGACCGAACACCUGUACCGGUUGCCCCACGCAGGAAAGGCCUUCCAGGACCUGACGGGAAAGGACCUGUGUGCGAUGAGCGAGGAGGAGUUUCGCCAGCGCUCGCCGCAGUGCGGAGACACGCUGCACGCACACCUGGACAUAUGGAAGUCAACUGUCUGGAUGAAGGAAAGGUGUUCAGUUGAAGAGACAAAAACUACCGGCGGCGAGGAUCUUUGGUCCGAGGCCGAUUCGUCUUGUUCCGGUCAGCCCAUUCAUCUGUGGCAGUUCCUCAGAGAGCUCCUGCGUAAACCUCACAACUACGGACGCUGCAUUCGCUGGCUCAAUAAAGAAAAAGGUAUUUUUAAAAUCGAAGACUCGGCCCACGUCGCGAGGCUGUGGGGACUCAGAAAGAACCGACCUGCCAUGAACUAUGACAAGCUGAGCCGCUCCAUACGUCAAUACUACAAGAAGGGCAUCAUCCGCAAGCCUGACGUGUCCCAGAGACUGGUGUACCAGUUUGUUCACCCAGUAUGAGGCGGCAGCAUAGUGGGAGAAGGAGGAGGAGGAGGAGGAGAUGGAAAUGUGCAAAAACUAAAAAGGACCCACUGUCUCGCCAUGCACUUGAACACCUGAUCCGGAGAUGAAAAGGUGACAGUAAACGCGUGCACUGACCGACCCCGAUGGCACACACUUCAACUGCCAGCACUGAGGCAACGGCUGCUGCUUGAAGGCUCGUCCGUGCCGAAAGAGACACAACGAUGAAGCUUUAUUUUCUGCUGCAGAACGAAAACCACCACCACCAUAAAAAAAAAUAAAAAAAAAUAAUAAAAAAAAUGUAUUUAAUAUAUUCUUUCCGUAAUGUAAUUCUAAAUGAUCCUCACCACAGCAAACAGUUAGAACUGAUUGCUGCUUACGUACUUCAGGAAAACGCCCACAGCUACAUUUGCUUUGUGUUUUUUUGUUUUCGCUCGCCUUGACUCUGUUUGACUUGGAGACAGUUUUCCUCCCACAGUUGGUUGGGAACAUUUGGCUUCUUCUUGGGGUUUGGUCAUGGCUGUGCUAAACACACAAGUCAGCCAGCCUGUAAUCCACCAACCAUCUUUUCUCUCAUCUGAAACGUACAAAAGAGGGAGACUUUUGACAGUUUGCUGGAUCUGGUUGGGUCCCAAGAGGGAAAAACUAUUAUCAAACACCCAUAAAUUGUUUUGUUUUUUUAAAAGGUGUGACUUGGUAAGGAGGGACGCACCUUGCUUUAUGUUUCACGCUGUACACUUUUAUGUUUAAAAAAAAAAAAAUUUUUGUAUUGCUGUAUAUUGCAUUUUAUGUUGUGGAUGUUUUAUUAGAGAGAUCCACAAUGUUCAGUAAAAUAAAUAAACAUGAAAUAAAUACUCAUCUAAAUAAAUACAGACAAAAAUGACGAAACCAUGAAAUUGUAAACAUAAUUUAAUGGCUUUAAUGGUCGUACUACAACUUUGGGUGGAGUGAAAGAUCUUGACAGCAAUCAUAAAAUUUGCUUCCAGGCAGCAUCCAGGUCUAAAAGAAGGCCGAUACAAAGUUAUUUAAACUUGCUUUUUCUCGAAUAGCCAACCGUAACCGGGCGAUUUCUCUGGUUGCAAAAAGAAGUCAGAUUGUAUAGUAAGUCUAUGAGAGAAUGACCCGACUUCUCACUUGAUUUAUAUAACUGUUGACUUGAUUUAUCAAUAAACAUUGUCAACAUGAGUUUAUGAUCUCAAUCUCUAGUUUCAAGUCUUCUUCAGUACAUAUGUUCAUUUAGGAAAUGAUGGUCCCAUUUAGAGUCAAACAGACCAUAAAGUAUGCUUUAGGGCGGGGCUACCUUGUGAUUGACCGGUCGCUGGCAUUGCUUUGUCUGGUCUGGAAGUUGUUCUUGUUUUUUUGUCAUCAAUUUCCCCUUUAAGUGUGUUUUCAGUUAGAGAAGGUUAACUGUAACAAU